CCCGGGGGUCUCUCAGGGCAGGGACACCCACCUGGGCACGCAGCAGGGCGUAGUUCCACAGCGGCACGUGGGCGUUGCGCUUGCGGGGCCGGAACAGCCCGUCCACGGAGCUGGGGGACACGGGGGACAUUGUCACCGUCCCCAGCGCGCCACCAUUGCCACAGCCCUGGGGACACGCUGGGGACAGAGAGCCAGGCCUGGCAGCAGGACCUGUCCCACCAGGCGGGUGCACAGUGCCACAGGGAUGGCCCCUGGGGACACGGCGCCAUGGGGACCCAUGCCACCCCCUGAGCACCCAGCGCCACGGGGACCUUGGGGUCUGGGCCGCCCCACUGGGACCGUGGUGGCGCAAGGGACCCCACACGCUCUGCCACCCCAUGGGAACCCCAGCCCCAUGUCACCCCCCUGCUGCUCCUGGGAUCCCCCGUGUCCCCACAGCCCCGGUGCCCACCCGUAGCGGUCAGCGCCCAUCAGUGCCAGCUGGAAGCCCAGCAGCCCGUAGAGGUAGGAGUGGUUGUUCCAGGAGGUUUUGUCCAGCAGCAGCAGGUACCAGUAGGGGCACAGGAACGCCACGCAGCUCAGCCGGUAGCAGCAGCCCAGCAUGAUGCCCAGAGCCCCUGUGGGCACAGGGCCCCCGGUGUGUCCCCUGUCCCCUCCUGCCGCCUGUGCCCAGCCUCCCUCUGCUCCCCUGCCCGUCCAGUGCCCACCCCAGUGCCCGUCCCAGUGCCAGCCCUUGCCAUGGUUCCUGCCCACAUCUCAGCCCCGUUCCUGCCCCAGUGCCAUCCCCGUUCCUGCCCUAGUACCAACCACCCUGAUCCUAUCCCCAUCCCACCCCUCUUCCUGUCCCCAUACCACCCCCGUUCCUGCCGCCGUUCCCACCCCCGUUCCUCCCAUCCCGUUCCCCCCCGUUCCCCCGGUUUCCCCCGUGCCCGUACCCAGGAACAUGAUGGUGUAGAGCAGGUACAUCCAGUCCAGGGGCAGCGGCGCCAGGAAGGGCAGCAGGGGGAAGCGGCAAACCUCCAGCCCGUCCAGGUACCGCUGGUCCAGGUGGCCCAGCCCGCGCUCCUGCGGCACGUCCAGGGCCAUCAGCAGCCCUGGGGGCACGGGGGGCACUGGUCAGUGGUCACUCGGGCAGUGGUCACUCGGUCACUGACCGCUCCUCUCGCCCGGGCCAUGGCCGGACCUUUGCUCCGAUGCUGACGUGUCACGGCCGGACACCGCCGGCCCCCGGGGAUGGGGGACCCCCGGAUCGCGGCCCCUCUCCCCAUCCCCCGAGCCCCCCAAGGUCCCGGUGCUCCCGAGUCCCCCCGGAUUCCCGGUGCCCCCGGACCCCCAGCCUCCCUGUGCCCCCCGAGUCCCCGCGGAGCCCUCCGGAGCUCCCCCAUCCCUCCCGGGCCCUCCCGGUCUCCUCGAGCCCCUGCUCACUCCGUUCCCCCGGUGUCCCCCGGUGCCUCCCGGUGUCUCCCCGUGCGCGGUCCCCCUGUCCCGGUGCCCCUCAGAGCCCCUCGGUCCCCCAUCCCCCGGUGUCCCCCGUGCCCUCCCGGUCCGUCCCAGCCCCGGUUCCCCGAGCCCCCCCGGUGCCGGUCCCCGCUGACCGAAGGCGGCGCGGAAAGCGCCGAGCGCGGCGGGGUCCUGCGGCCGGUGCAGCAGCCGCACGAAGCGGUGCCAGCGCGUCAGCUCCCGCAGCUCGAACCCCAGCAGCCGCCGCGCCAGCCCGGGCCCGGUGCCGGUACCGGGGGCCUUGGGGGUCCCGGUGGGGCUCGGGGGGGGCUCCGCCGCCUCCCCCCGCUCCGGCCGCCGCCGCCGCGCCGCGCCUGCCGGGGGGGUCACAGGUCAGGGGUCACCGGUCGGGGGUCGUGGGGGUCCCGGGGGUCCCGCGCCCCCCGCCCCGCUCCGCACCCGCCGCCGCCGCCAUCGCCGCGACCCCGCCCCGCCCGCUGCACGUGACGGCCGCGGCCACCAAUCAGCUGCGAGGAGGGCGGGGCAAGAGAGCCACACCCCGUCAAGCCCCGCCCAUUCUCCCUCGUUAAGCCCCACCCCCGGGACCCCCGGGACCGGAACCGGGACCCGAACCAGGACCCCCGGGCCCGCUCCAAACUCCCCGGACCCGCCGGGACCCCCGCCCUGACCCCGCCCUGACCCCGCCGCGCCCCCGGCCCGCCCCGGGCCCGCCCCCGGCGCUGCCGCCGCUCCCGGAAGCCCCGGGCGGGCGGGGCGGGUCCGGGGCCGCCGCGGGAGCGGAGCCGAGAGGGGCCGGACGGACCAUGGCGGGGGUCCCGGGGGGUUCCCCCGUGGCAGAUGGCGCGGGGGGCUCGGGGCGCGUGCGGGCGCUGCAGCAGGAGGUGCAGGGGGUCACCACCAUCAUGAGCCAGAACCUGGAGAGGAUCCUGGCCCGGGGGGAGAACCUGGAGCAGCUGCACAGCAAGAGCCAGGACCUGGAAGCCACGUCGGAACACUUCCGCACCACGUCGCAGAAGAUGGCCCGGCGCUACUGGUGGAAGAACGUGAAGCUGCUCAUCAUCCUCGGCCUCGUGGGCGUCAUCAUCCUCAUCCUCAUCAUCCUCCUGGCCACUGGCACCAUCCCCACCUAGAGCCACCGUCCCCACAGGGACACGGCCACCCCAGGGGCCAAAUACAGACGGGGGGAGAGACA